AUGGGGCCCCUGUGGCUGUGCUGGGUGCUCUGGGCGCUGCCCCUGCCGGGCCCCGGGGCCGCCCUGACCGGGGAGCAGGUGCUGGAAAGCCUGCUGCGGCAGCUGGGCCUCAGCGAGGCGCCCGGCCCGGCCCAGCGCGACGCGGAGGAGCCGGCCACCCCGGCCCACGUGAGGGCCCAGUACGUGGCCCUGCUGCGGCGGAGCCACGGCGCCCGCUCCCGGGGGAAGCGGUUCAGCCAGAGAGUCCGAGAGGUGGCAGGCAGGUUGCUGGCGUCGGAGGCCUCCACGCACGUGCUGGUGUUCAGUAUGGAGGGGCGGCUGCCACCCGACAGCGAGCUGGUGCAGGCGGUGCUGCGGCUCUUCCAGCAGCCGGUCCCCAAGGCCGCACUCCGCAGGCUGUCCCCGCACAGCGCCCGCGUCACCGUCCAGUGGCUGCUGGUGUCCCUCCACGAGAGUGGUUGGAAGCCCUUCAAGGGGACCAAGGCCGUGAACUUCUGGCGGCAGCUGAGCCGGCCUGGGCAGCCGCUGCUGCUGCAGGUGUCCGUGCAGAGGGAGCACCUGGGCCCGUGGGCCCCCAGCGCCCACAAGCUGGUGCGCUUCGCCUCCCAGGGCCUGGAGGGCACACCCCCCUCCCAGAUGCCCCUGCAGCAACCCCCCCCACGAGAUGACUGUGACCCUGGGGCGCUGGUGGCGGAGGACGCCCGCUGCUGCUGCCAGGAGAUGUACAUUGACCUGCGGGGGAUGACAUGGGCUCAGCACUGGGUGCUGGUGACCCCCGGCUUCCUGGCCUAUGAGUGUGUGGGCGCGUGCCGGCAGCCCCCCGGGCCCCGGACCUUCAGGGGCCGCUCCGACUCAGAGAUUACCUCUCUGCCUGUGAUGAUCAGCGUCAAGGAGGGGGACAGGCCCAGGCCCUGGGUGGUCAGCCUGCUCGACGUGAGGGUGGAGAAGUGCGCCUGCUCAUGGGAUGGGGCGCCCGUGCCCAGGAAGCUGGGGCCUUAGGGGUGGGCGGUGGCUGUGUGGGUCAGGGCACCGGGGCAUCUUGGGACUACGGGACUGCUGAUGGCCAAGGCUGAGCGCUGUCUACUGAACUGAAUUUGCUUCCUCGAUCCAUUCAGCUCACCUCCCAAUGUUUUCUCCUGGGGGUCGAGACUCAGGUGCUACUGGGUAGCCCCUGCCCAUCUCUGUUCCCAUCAUGCACUGCAUAUCCCAAGCACUUAUCUCAAUCAAUUCUGUAACCUGAGAAUAAAAAGCCCAAAUUGUCA